GUUAAAAUCUCACCACUCAAGAUUGAAUAGUGGAGUAGUGAGAAAUAAAUUUUGCCAUCUCAGACUUUUGGCUUGUUUUUUCGCAGUAAAAUUCCAUAUACAGUAUAUUCCCCUGAAGAAAUAAAGACAAAUCAAGAAUCAAGAAUCAAGAAGUGUAAAAUGUUGAGAAAAAUAUGAUAGGUUUUCCACCGACUUAACUUUGGCUUUUCUUUAACCGACGUUAUUUUGUUUGGUAUAAAAAAAUUUGGGUCUUCGCGUAACGUUUAAGAAUUUCUGUCUGCAAAUGGGGUCCACAAUCCAAUGAAUGGAGUAAGAAAAAUGGCUCAAUUCUUCUACCAAUAAUCAAAUUUUAUAUUCGUCAAACAAAAUAAAGAGUAAAAAAAAGGGCGCAAAUUCUCUCGUGGAAACCAAUUUACUACCCUUUAAAGUUCAAGGUACAUAGUCUCUUAAUAUGGGAGAAGAAAGAGUUACUGUGCUAGCAUUACCUGUAUAUGAACAACUGAAAAAUAAUAAAGCUCCAAGAAGGGUUGAGUUGAAGAGGAAGCUAGAUUGUGUUAUUAUUCAAGCGUUAGGAGCAUCAUCACCUAUGAAGAAAUAUGCAAGAGUAGUUUCAAAUGAGCAUAAACAUAGUGAUGAUAUAUGUUCAGGAGUUUCAGACCCCGUUAUUGUACAGAAUGAGAAUGCAUCUGAUAUCUUGGAUAUUAGUAGUAUCCCUAAUUUUAAUGACUUAAGUGGCAGUAAUAAUCAAGUCAAUUCUGGUGAAAUUACAUCAGAAAGUUCAGAUAACUCAUGCAGCGCGAGCUGUAGUGAUGAAAAGAUCAAUAGGAGCUAUGAUGGUUCUAGUAGAGUUUGUACUGUGACUCGAAAAAUUCCUACACAGUCUAGUUCUACAGGGUUCCUAAAGAUAAGAAUUAAAUUCCAAAAUAAAUCAGAGGAUUACAAGAGCAUUGGUUCUACAAAUCUGAGUCUCACGAAGGUUGAAUGUUCUGAAGAUGAGCUAUGUGGUGGCAAACAAGGUGUGUUACCUUCACAAUGUGUAGGGGAAACUUUGAAUCAACAGUCUACCUCGCUGUUGAAUGCGACUGAGAAGAAAAGGGGUGAAGGUAAGAAGAGAAAUGAUGAUCUACAUCGGUUGCCUUUCCAGUCUAAUGGGCUUCCAGAUGGGAGUUAUUUGGCAUACUGUGUAAGGGGACAGAAGAUUCUUGAGGGGUACAAGCAAGAUAAUGGUAUUGUUUGUGGUCAUUGCAGCAAUAAGAUUAGCCCUUCACAGUUUGAAGCUCAUGCAGGAAUGGCUACCAGGAAAAAACCUUAUCAACAAAUUUAUACAGCCGAUGGGAUUACACUCCAUGACGUAGCGAUUUCCUUAGCUAAUCAGAGUCAGACCACUCUGAAGAACAAUGAUGACAAAGAAAGAGAGAUUUAUGAUUCUUCAAGUAGGUCUAAGCCAAUUACUAGGACACGAGUGGUUAGGAAAUCUGACAUUGACUAUGGCGGCACCUGUGUUCUAUGCUUGGAAAAUGAUUUCAGUGUCAACAAUUUUGAUGACAGAACUGUUAUAAUCUGUGAUCAAUGUGAAAAGGAACAUCAUGUUGGUUGCUUGAGAGAAGAUGGGCGUUGUGAUCUGAAAAAACUACCCGAGGACAAGUGGUUCUGCAGUUAUGAUUGUGACAGAAUCUUUGUUGCUCUCAAUGAUCGCGUUGCCUGUGGCUCUGAGGCGAUUCCAUCAUCCGAGUUCAGCAAAAUAAACCAUAAACUUUUGGAGGAAGGAUUGGCUGAGGUUGCUAAUGAUGAUGUACAAUUGCAUAUAUUGAAUGGGAAACAUCGUCUUCCUGAACAUCUCCCUCUCCUGUCUAAGGCUGUUUAUCUGUUUAGAAAGUGUUUUAGUCAGUUAACUUUAGAGGACGGGCGUGAUUUGAUACCUCUGAUGGUCCAUGGAAGGCAUAUUGCUGGUCAGGAUUUUAGAGGAAUGUAUUGUGUAGUUUUAACUGUUAAAUCAGCUGUUGUGUCAGCUGGUCUUCUUAGAAUUCUUGGGCAUGAAGUAGCUGAGCUUCCUCUUGUGGCCACAAGAGAAAAAUUUCGAGGGAAAGGCUACUUUCUAGCAUUAUUUUCGUGUAUCGAAAAGUUGCUUUGUUCUUUGAAGGUGAAGAAACUAGUGCUUCCAGCAGCAGAGAAAGCUAAAUCUAUGUGGGUAAAUAGAUUUGGUUUUGCAGAUAUUAGUCAGGAGAAAUUGUGUAUUUAUACCAGAGAGUUUCGGUUGACAGAAUUCAAUGGAACUGUUAUGCUGGAGAAACAAUUGGAGGAACAAUUCAGUUAAUGGUGACUUCAUUUUUUCUUUUAAUUAUUGUAGGAGUCAUUAGAACUAGAAAUUCUGUAAGAUAUUGAUGAUAUGUGAGGUUUCACAAAAGAGAAACUUCAAAGCUUAUAUAAUUGAACUGUUAUAUUGUUGACAGUUAGGAU